UUUUAGCCCGGAGAACAAUCGGGGUAGUCCGGAGGUACUCUCGCUCUAGCGGCUCCGUCAUGCAUGCAGCCUACAUGCGCUCUAAUGCACGUCUUUAUCCCUUUUGGGUCACUCCGGUACCCAUCACCAGAAUCUGGGGAACCUUUCUAUCUUGUAUGUCACUUGCGAGUGACUAAGAUUUUUUUGCCUUCGGUGAAAGGCUCCGAGUUUAAACUGUCCGUUAUCGCUCCUUGUCUUUAUCAUCUCAUAUUUCUCUAGCAAAUCAUUGUUGUUGAGAACUCCAAGUCAGAAUGAUCAGUCUUACGGUCGGUGUCUUGGCCCUUCAGGGUGGUUUUGCUGAGCAUAUCGAUCUUGUUCGAAAGGCCGCAGAGUACCUUUCUUCUACAGAAGGUAUUUCCAAGACGAAAUUCCACUGUAUCGAGGUUCGCACGAAAGAAGAACUCGAUCAGUGCAAUGCUCUGAUCAUUCCUGGCGGCGAGAGCACCACUAUCUCUUUCGUCGCCGCUCAAUCUGGUCUCCUUGAGCCAUUGAGAGAUUUCGUCAAGGUCCAGAAGAGGCCAGUCUGGGGAACAUGUGCAGGCCUUAUUCUCCUCUCAGACGAGGCAAAUGCUACCAAGAAAGGUGGUCAAGAACUCAUCGGUGGUCUCGCAGUCCGCGUUCACCGCAACCACUUUGGUCGUCAAAUGGAGAGUUUCGAGUCAGGAAUGAGCCUCCCCUUCUUAAACGACGAUAAACCGUUCCCUGGAGUCUUCAUCCGCGCACCCGUCGUGGAAGAAGUCAUCGGUUCGUCUGACGAUGGACGACCACCAGUUGAGGUCCUGGCCAAGUUACCAGGUCGAGUAGAUAAGAUGAAGUCUGGCGUCUCACAAGCCAAUACCAAGGACGAUUCAGGGGACAUCGUCGCUGUUAGACAGGGUAAUGUGCUAGGAACAAGCUUUCAUCCUGAGUUGACGAAGGAUGAGAGGAUACAUGUGUGGUGGUUGAAGGAAAUUCUCAACCAGCAAUAAAUACAGCGACAUAGACGGCGUUUUGGGAAACUAGAAAUAUUA